AUGUUGAAAUACGCGGUUAUCUUAAGUGCGAUAUAUUGUCUCGUCACGGCCGAGCCACCCAUUCAAGCCGGGGUGAAACCGACAAAUGUAAUAGGUAGUUCGGAGCAACAUACUUCCUUCAGUUUCGUCCGACCAGGAUUAACGCAAACGUCAUUCGCAUUCGCUGGGCCCAGCUCUCAUCAAUCGUUCGCCUCCAGCAUCGGCAAUCCUCAGCUAAUACAAAAGGUUCAGCCAAGUAUCGCACAAGCCCUCGCUCAAAGAAAUCCAGGCUUAGGAUAUUACGCGAGCGGAAUCCUUCCGAAUUUUGUGCCCGGGCCCGGACCGUUGGUGUAUGAGGCCCAGACGGAUCCCGGGGUCGCAUUAGCGUACGCCCAGCAACCGCAGCAAGCGUAUUUGCAAGCGUAUCAGCCGAACGCAGCGAUUUAUCAAUCGCAAUUGGCGCAACUGCUCGCCCUUCGUCAGGCACAAUUGGCACAGGCUCAACAAGGACAGCUGCACACGAUUCCAUCGGAACAGGUGUCUGAGGCUCAGUUACAGCAGAAACAGCAAACGGAACAACAAUCGCAAAAUUUACUGGGUAUCGCUUAUUCAUCCGCCCCAUCGGUCGCGCGCGUGAAGGUCUCUGGAAAUGGAUACAAGUUCGAUUUCUGAUCCCAAAUAUUAUAGCAAUAAUACAACGUUUAUUAUAACAAGAACAAUUUCUGCUGAUAUAAUUUUUCAAGUA